CAGUCAAUUACAUCUCCAGGAUACAUGUUGUGUUAGGCACCUGCCCCUGCCUUGAUCGGAAAGGGAUACUCUCGAAUGAAAUCUAUUAGUCUAAAUUAGCUAGUGUUGCUAGAAAGUCAAGCAAUCUUUUGGGAUUUCAUGUUUUUCUCUCUCGACUCUGCCACUUCUGUUGUAAGAAUAUAUCAGCGUUUUCUCUAAAUAACCGCCGAUAGUGGAUCACUCGUGAUGGAUUUUACCGUCUGGGGUUUUAUUUGUGCAGUUGGAGUGCUAACUUCUCUGGAUUCUGGUCAAGCUGUUGUCCUCCCUUGUCCGGAGAAUGUGACUGUGAGCUGUGACAACUUUGAGACGUUUGUGUACUGGAAUUACUCUGAGCACCUGGUGGACCCUUUUUUUCAGAUAAACCUUACGAUGGACACUGAGGAAAAUCAGACAUGGAGCUUCAAAUCAGUCGGUCGCUAUGCCAACAUCACCAGCCAACUGAAUAGCAACUAUGCCAUCUAUACCUUAAGCAUUCGGGCCCGGAACGUAACUCACGAGUCCGACUUCUCUCCGCCUGUUACAUUUACUUAUGAUAAGAGUAACGAGGGAAUCGAGGGAAGCAUGCUGUGUAAACUGGACUUCCCACCCAUUAACUUGGAGUACCAGUACGGAUUUCUCACCCUGAAAUUCCGGAACCCUAUGCACCUGUAUGAGAACACUCUGGCCCUCAAGUACCUCAAGGACAACACAUACCCAAACCUGGAGACUUCCGAGUUGAGCUACAACGUGAUUGAUCAGAGCAACAUACCCACAGUAUUCAGCUGCCCUUAUCAGAAGGCCAUUUGUGAAGAGAAACUGCAAAUUUCAGACAAAGAGGACCAGUACUGUGUUAACCUGUCAGGAAGCAUUGUGCGUGCUGAAUUCCGCCCUGCUAGGAUUUGCUACAGUGGAUUAAAGCCGAAGGGUCUCCCUCCGCCCACCACAAUGGCAAUCGUGUUUACAUCGCUCCUUGUUGUCAUGGCGGUUGUUUUGGGCACUUUAGUGUUCAGGAAGAUGAUCAACAAAACCCACCCCACCACCCCCACGAAUUUGACCUCUUUCCGUCACCAAAUAAGACCCAUUCUCCUGGGCCCCUCAGAAAACUUCAGCCCGAGCCCUCUGUCUGUGGUCCCGCUCCUGUCACCGUCGGAAACCUCAGAGGACCCGCUCCUCCCGAACAGUGGUCGCAGCAGCGCCGACUGCUCCCGCUUCCAGCUCCUCACUCAGGAGCAACAGGGCAGAGCAGGUCAGGAAAACAAAGAAGAAGACGAGGAGAGAAAUACAGAGUCCACCGAGUGGCCAAGCGAUGGGUCGAGCACGGACUACCCCCCGAACUCGGAACUCUUGGAGCGGUCAGGAGGGACACUGGUGUCCGAUUAUGAUUCCCCUCAUUCUGUGGAGAUGAGCUCAGGGGACAAAGAAGAGGAGAGGAAUACUGAGUCCUGCGAGUGGCCAAGCGAUGGGUUGAGCACGGAUCCGGACUACCCCCCAAACUCGGAACUCUUGGAGGGGUCAGGAGGGACGCUGGGGUCCGAUUAUGAUUCCCGUCAGGAGAUGAGCUCAGGGGACUGGGUGGAAGGUUACAGCGCCAGGGACCCUGUGGCUUAAGUUGGGCAUGCUGGGUGAACUUUGAACUUCGAUUCUGGCGAAAGGUUGUUUCAGGAUAUUUCAGCUCAACAGCCAGUAAAAAUACACCCCUCAUGUCCGUGCUCCUGAAGCAAUGUGCUGAUCCACUGGAAUUGUUUAUGGCUCGUUCCGGCUCAGUUUUUCCCCAUUUAAAGCGGCAGGACUGCGUGGGAACACCAAAGAGGGAACCCUGAGCUUUUUUUAUUUAAUGUUGAUAUUCAGUGAUGCACAUAUUCAGUGAUCUCAGUGGCAUGAGAACAUGUUGAAGGUUGAAGACCACACUCUGAAGAUCUGCAUAGGGUAUCUGCUGGUCAGAGAACCUCAUGGACAGACUGGACUCCUGUAUGCAAGUCAUAAAUGACAAUUCAAGGCACUGGUUCAGCAGACGAGGGAGAGUGAGGUACCAGAUUAGUGCCACCUUGUUCAGCGAGCCCCUGGUAUUGUAGGUUUACGCACUUAUGAAAUGGUGCUUGCCAGAUAUUCAAAAUAAGCUAGCAGGCAUGCAUGCUAACAAAAGGGCUAAAUUGUUGUUUUAUUCUAGUAAGUAAGAGGGCGGGACUAAAAAGAAAACUAGCCAAAGAACAAGGACAAAUUCUCCAUUCUCUGCUGCUCCUGGGACAAGGCAGAGGCCUAGUGGGCAUUCGUGGGAGCCCUGUUUGAGGUUGACAGGGAAAAAAAAUACAGAAACGGUAGUAAAAAUGUCCAUAUCCAUCUUGCUCAUGGAAGAAUGUAUAUCCUUACAUUUACACAAUAUAGGCAGAAAGGACAGGGUAAGUGUAAACCACUGUAGUAAAAUCCAAAAAUAUAUCCGUCUUAAAAUAUAUAUAUACGUCUUAAAAUGAGUUAACGACAGUUGACGUCCGCAAUGUCCUAUGCAGCUAUUCUGUGUUUUGUUGUGUAUUGCCCACAUGUAUAAACACACUGCCUCAUCUCAAUGGACACCAAAGAGAACACUGUUGGUAACACUGAACUUGAAACCUGCAUGAGUGAUCUAACCAGGUCAUCCCAGCAAGAUUCCUGUGUAGUCUGAGCAAAGGUAUGACCGUGUGAUACUAUCAGGAAAUGUAGUGACAGUAUAUGGUAGCAUGUUCCAGUGAAGAAUUUUCUGUACCGUAUAAUGUGAAACUGGUUCCAUGCGCAAUAUAUCCUAAAUACAGGCAGUCAGGGAAUGUGAUGUUUUUCCAUUUUUGUGAAAUUAUUUAAAAGGACAACAGGGUAAAAAUGUAAUGCGUGCAGCAGCUAUCUUUGUAUGUUUUGCACACAAUGUACCCCAGUGAACAAAUGUGUACACAUGUUGUUUUGAUACAAGGUGUUUAAUACAAAUUAAAUACAAUGAAUGUCA